AUAAGAUAUUUUUUUUUUCGCUUUUAAAUGAAAUGAAUAUUUUGCAAUCAUAUGCGAGUGAUCAUUCUGAUGAAAAUGAAGGACUACAAGAAAAUAAGAAAAAACUUAAUUAUUUCGAAAUAUCUAGUGAAGAAGAAAACUUUGAUCAAAAUGUAGAUUAUGCCAUACCAGCUAAAAUAAGAAACUUUGAGCAUAAAAAAGGAAAUUGGGCCUCAUAUGUUUACUCUCCUUUUAAUAUAAAUAUAGGACAAAAUUUAAUUGACCAAAUUAAUAGAAAUUUAAUGAAUGUUCAAUUUUUUGUCAUGGAUCACCCUUUACAUAUAAGCCUUUCAAACACUUUUGUGCUGAAACAUCAUUGGAUUAAUUUAUUUUUGGAAGAAUUACGAAAUAAAAUUGGGAAGUGUGACAGAUUUUCUUGUACCUUAGGUGAGUUGCAAAUAUAUGAAAAUGAAGAAAAGACAAGGAAUUUUAUAGGUAUUAACAUUAAAUCAGGAAACAUUGAAUUGAAACAUUUGUCAGAUUUAGUAAUAAAUAUAUUAGCCAAAUAUAAUAUUACAUCUGAUAUUUAUAAAGAUCCUUCUUUCCAUGUAAGUAUUUGUUGGAUGUUAAAUAAUAGUUCUGGAAAUUUUACAGCAUUUCAAUUCUCAGAGAUCAAAAAAAUAUUGAGUCCUUAUUUUUAUAAUGAAGUUAUUGAAAUUCAAUGCUUAAGAUUUAAAACUGGCAACAAAAUAUAUGAUAUUAAACUAAAAUCAUGAAUAUAUAAUUAUAAUUGUAUUAAUAAAAUAUGAUAUAAAAUGUUUUAAAUUUGAGAUUUACUUUUAUAAAUUUUGA